CUCGCCGACUCUUGUUGUGCAAUGACAGUCUCCUGUUAGCUAAAGUCAUGGCGCUACUCAAACAAAGUUGUUGUGUCGCCGGUCGCUUCUCCACAAACCAUCUCUGGCUGAGUCCCAGAUGUAUCCCACAUGUUUACACCAGCAGUCUGACAGCUGCGGCCAAAUCCUCCCCAGACCGAGCCGACAGAAAGAAGCAGCUCCUGAGUGACGACGGGCCUGAUCUGGGAGACUUCAUCUCUGGGGAGUUAUCAGAGAAAAGCAAGUGGGCGGAGUACAGAGGCAACCUGAAGAGAGAGAAGGGAGAGAGGCUGCGUCUCCCUCCAUGGCUGAAGACAGAGAUCCCCAUCGGGAAAAACUACAACAAGCUGAAGAACACGCUGAGAGACCUCAACCUGCACACGGUGUGUGAGGAGGCCAGGUGUCCUAACAUUGGGGAGUGCUGGGGAGGAGGAGAGUACGCCACAGCCACGGCCACCAUCAUGCUGAUGGGAGACACGUGUACCCGUGGGUGCAGGUUCUGCUCGAUAAAGACUGCGCGUCAGCCUCCACCUCUGGACCCAGAUGAGCCUUACAACACAGCCAAGGCCAUCGCUGCCUGGGGGCUGGACUACGUGGUCCUCACCUCAGUGGACAGAGACGAUCUUGCUGAUGGAGGGGCAGAGCACUUUGCUAAGACCGUCUCACACCUGAAGGAAAGGAACUCUCAGAUCCUUGUUGAAUGUCUGACACCUGAUUUUCGCGGUGACCUGGCAGCAGUGGAGAAGAUCGCUCUGUCAGGGCUGGAUGUGUACGCACACAAUGUGGAGACGGUGCGAGAGCUGCAAAGGUUUGUUCGUGACCCCAGAGCAAACUUUGACCAGUCUCUGAGUGUCCUGAAACACGCUAAAAAGGUCAAACCCACUCUGCUUACCAAGACUUCCAUCAUGCUGGGACUGGGCGAGACCGACCAACAAAUACUCAACACCAUGACUGAGCUGCGGGAGGCAGGAGUAGACUGUCUAACACUGGGCCAGUACAUGCAACCCACCAAACGUCACCUCAAAGUGGAGGAAUACGUCACUCCUGAGAGGUUUGCUCACUGGGAGAAAGUUGGGAAUGAAAUGGGUUUCGUUUACACAGCCAGUGGGCCACUGGUGCGAUCCUCCUACAAAGCAGGCGAGUUCUUCCUGAAGAAUCUGCUGCAGAAGAGAAAAGAAGAAGUCACUAUAGCAGAAUGAAGAGCAGCAGCUUCUAAUGGCUCUCUCCUUUAGUCUCGUCUCUAUUAUCUCUAUAAGCAAACACAUUCGCAGGGACACAUCAGCUUUAUCCUGUAGCACAGGAAUCACUUACAGUAUACAGUCUAUCAGUACGUCUUAACAAGAAGUUGUGAGAGUCAAAAAAAGAAGACAGGUUGCAUCAAAUAGGAGCACAGAAGUGACAUUAACAACACCUCAUGUAAAUACAGGGACCAUUCUGUUCCUUUUUGCACUUGCCCUCCGCUGUUCACCCAUGACAUCCCAGAGGUCGAGCAUUUUAAGGAGAGACACUAAAGAGAACUAGCAGCAGUUACUUGCCUGCAGAUAUGUAGAUAACGUGGAUGCAGACUCUGUCCAGGAGAAAAUACAACCUGGUGUUUGCAGUAGCUGUAAUUUGCCACCUUUGCACCUCGGGGCCCCUAAAUUAAAUCUACCACGAACUCCUUCCCCUCAGGGGCCCUGGACUCCAGCUAAAGUGCUGCUGACCUUUAACCCCAGGCUCUGCGUAGGAGCUCUUUGAUGUGUGCUGCUUCAGGACGGAUGGUUUAAUGAAGUAAGAGGCCUGAGGGUUCCUGCAGCAGCUCCGUGAUUUAAAAACAAUCUGUUAUUGCUGAGUAACACUGUCAAACACUGUUUCACAUUUCUAUUACAUCGGAAAAAGUAUGACUUGAACCCAAGUUGGCCUUUUGUCAGGUAUAAAAAUUGUUCCAAGUGAUACUUUUGUGUGUGAAGAGCCAAUUUGGGCUCAGACUACUUUUUCUAACAUAAUAAAAUUUGACACCUCAAAA